AGCUUCAAGCAACACAAAAAUGAGCCAGAUCCCGAGCGUGUCAGAGAAAUCAUAGAAAAGGCUUAUGUGGAUUCCAAAUGGAUUACGUCAAAGUACAUCAAGGAUUCUGGCCAAGCCUAGUAUGACGCUGAGACUAGACCACGUAUAUUAAUUAGAUGCAUAUGGUAGCAUUGAAGCCUGAUAUAGUUUAUGAAGUUUAUAAAUUGAGAAAAUGAGUAAGAAUCCUAUAGCCCAUUACCAAGGCGAUGACACCUUAAACUUCUGGAAGGCUGUUAAAGUAUGGCUUAACAAUCCCCAUGUUGUUAACCGCAGAAUUUUAACAUCUACGAAAUUGUUCAGUGUCCGGCUAAAUCCUGCUUUUAAAUCUCUGUCUAUGCUUGCAUGGACCAAGAAAGUGGAGAGUGUCAUUCAACUUCACAGAAAAAAUUUAUCACCAUCUUUAACAGAAUCUCUACAUGCACUAGAGUUACAAGAAAAUAUCGAUAUCUCCAACGAUUUUGAGCUUAACGAUCCAUUAGACAAUGAAUGUUAUAUAUGUCUACAAAAACUAUUUCCACGCAAUGCAGAAAUAUUUUCAAACUCUCUGGAGUUGGCAGUAAUUGAUAAAGGAGCUGGAAGAAUUAGUUUCUUCUCAGGUUUGCUUGAUAACACUAAGCAAUCUUUGAGUAUGAAAUGGCCUUACAGAAUAGAAUACGAAAGCAAUUCUUCACAAGUUUUGAUGUAUGUAGAGAAAGAAGAAAACACAGAGAAAGAUCCAAAUAUCACAUGGUUGCAGGAACAGUUUUUUCCACGCUUUGUUAAAUGGAUGGGUGUCAAUAGGACAGAGAAUGGAUUGAUGUCAGGCUCGUUGAAUUUAGUACCUGUUGAAAAGUAUGCUGUUCUCUACCAUGCAUUGAAAAACAAGUAUGGUGCUGAAAUGGUAAAGAUAUGGCCUGAAAAUACAGAUCCAGCAAAGUUCGUUUAUGAAGAUGUCGCCAUUGCAACUUACCUCUUGCUAAUAUGGGAGUUGGAAAGGGAUCUGAAAGCUACUGUACAAAAACAGUCUUUUGUAGAUCUUGGUUGUGGCAAUGGGUUAUUAGUACACAUACUAGCAAGCGAGGGACAUCCGGGCCUUGGCAUUGAUCUACGCAAGCGUAAUAUCUGGGAUUUAUAUCCUAGAAGUACUCAUCUAGAAGUACGGACCAUAGUACCCUCUAAUUUGAACCUAUUUCCGGAAACAGAUUGGCUGAUUGGAAAUCAUUCAGAUGAACUAACUCCAUGGAUACCAGUGAUAGCGGCACGCAGUUCAUAUCAGUGCAGAUUUUUCCUUCUACCAUGUUGUGCUUAUGAAUUUGAUGGCAGAAAAUAUCAGAGAGACAGUGCUGCCAAAAGUCAGUACUUUGAGUACAUGAAUUACAUCAAAAAAGUUUGUGAAGAAUGUGGCUUUAAAACAGAUAUGGACAAAUUAAGAAUUCCUUCAACUAAAAGAAUAUGUUUCAUUGGUCGAGAAAGAUAUCAUACAGAAGCAGCGAUAAACGCGCAAGAAGCUGCUAUAGAAUCAUUGAUUAAUGCAAGAUCAAUUAAGAAAAGAGAAGAUCCUGCUGUUCAUGAUUCAUGGUCCCCGGCUUUCAAGCCCAGGGAAGUCACAGAAAGAGUAAGAAAUUGUACUAAAGUCGACAGAGGCUUGAUUUCAGACAUCGUCAAUAUGGUAGCUGACCAUCUUCUGCACAAAGUACGAAUGAUUGAUGUUGGAACGUCAGUGAGAAGAUGGAAUGCUGGUGGUCAACUAAAGCUAAGUCAAGUGGCAGAAUUGUUGCCACAAAAAACCUUGAAGGAAUUGAAAAGCGAAUGUGGGGGUUUGCAAACUUUGCUCAGAAAUAACGGUGAUAUAUUCCAAGUUAUACAAGGCAAAGUUCAGUUCAGAAUACCUGGAAGCAGUACGGUCAUUGGACGAAAAAAAAAGAGACAGAAAGAUUCAAAGUCCACGAAAAAGUCAAAGCUCUGCUGGUUUCACCAAAACCACCCAGACGGGUGUCCACUAAACGCUGAAACGUGCAAUUAUAAACACUGAGUACGAAUAAAACCUGAUAAAAACAA